AGCAAGAAGCAAGGAGGCAUGUUUUGAGAGAAGGAUGAGUUCCCUUUCAUUGUUAGGACUCUGUUUCAUUUGUCUUACACGGGCAGCAGCAGCAGCUGGACUUCACUCAAAUGAUUAUUUGGUUGCCUUACAAGGAGAUAGUAUUGCUUUGCCAUGUGGUACGGCCUCUUUUAAAUCCUGCUCCUCCAUUAACUGGACCAUUGGUGGAGAGUUUGGAUCGGUUACUGAGCUGGUGAAGGCUGGAAGAGUGAUCAGCCACAGAUAUGGGCUGCUGAAGGACUGCUCUCUGGAGAUUACUCACCUGGAACUCAAUGAUGCCCGACUUUACUCUUGUGACAGUGGAGCGCUCAAUUCAAGUGUUUUGCUUCAGAUUCCUACAAUUACUGAGAAGCAAACUUCUGCAGAGGACACGAUAGAGCUCCAGUGUUUCCUUAAUAUGUUUAUAGGAUACGUGGCCUGUGACAACAGCACUGGGAUACAUAUCGAGUGGAGCAAUGAGGACGGCACACCGAUUGAAGGAAACAGAUUUGAAUUUGAUAAUCCGUCUGCCUGCUUCUCUAAACUGCUCAUCAAGAAAAAACCCACGGACCACCACAGGAAAUGGACGUGUCAGCUGAGUCAGAGUGAUGUGGUUAAAGCCACCAUCAGCUACACGACAACAGUGGAAGAUGGCCUCGAGGAAGUGUUCGCUGCAGUCGGUGAGUCAGUGUCACUCAAAUGUAGCAACACUUCCUGUCUUGGGUUAGGAGGCUGCACACAGUGGGCGAUGUGCGUAGAGCGGCAGUGGCGUGACAUUUCACCUGAUGACCUCCAAACCAACGCCAACAAAGACUCGUCAUUUGUUAUCGGUAAAGUGAGCGCAGUGCAUGCUGGGGACUACCGGUGUUCAGAGUCCACCGGCCAGCAGAGGGCGCUCAGCAAAUACAGGCUGCACACCCUUGACGUUACUGCAGAGUCCGGGCCAGGAGGGGAUAAUCUCACCUUGACUUGUGUGCUCACCUGCGCUACAGAAUGUGAAACAGACUUCAAUUUAACUUUUUCUGGAGGCGUACUAAAAGGCUGGCAGAGCGGAUUAAUAAAAGCCAACAACACUUUGAUAAAGAAGCUGUUUCUGCCAGACUGGUCACAUGAGAUAACCUGUUCUGUGCACAGAGAAGGAGCUCUGAUGGCAUCAAAGAAGUGGCGCUCCGUUAACCCUCUGCAAACCCCUGCGUGGAUAGGCCUCCCUCUCGGCCUCCUGGUGGUUGCCGCUGCCGCUGGACUCUGCAUGCACAUGAAGAGGGUGCACAACACGAAUGCAGCAAAUCAACAGUCAAGCAUAAGAAUGUCUCAUGUUUACGAAGUCAUUCAGGAUGAGGAACAGCAAAGACGCAGCAAAAGAGAAUCCAGCGCUACAGCUGACAGCUUCUAUGAUUUGCUGCAGUCUAUAAACUACAGCGAAACAACCACAUGACAUCAACACAAGCUGGUGUGUAAUUUUCAUUUCACCGGUUAAACACCAGUAUUUAAGAGAGAAUAUUUUCUUGUAACAGACAGAAACAGAGAUCAGUGUUUAUGACUCCUUUUGUCGUGAUUGUGCAUCUUCCUAUACAGAGACAUCAGCUGUCUUAGUAAAGUGUUGAGCCACCAAGUGUUGCUAAAGUAGCUUCAAUGCAACUUCAAGUGUCUGGAGCUCUGGAUGAAACAUUGUAGAUAUCUAAUGAGAAGCCCCGAAUGGUGCAAGUGAUGUCAUUUGACCUUGGAAGAAUCAUAUUGUGGAUUUCUGAACUGUUUUUUUUUAACUAGGGAGACCAAAAUUAUAGAUAUCACACAUUCAGUCUAGCUAUGAAAUGUGAUAUCUACAUUACCUCCUGACUUGUUCAAUCUGAGAUAUCGAAAAAGGACAAAUGGGUUACAGAUGCAAUGAAUAAUCGAUUUUUUGUCAACUAUUAAAUUAAUUGUCAAAUGUUA